GUAACACCUGCCACUUUGAAGAUGAGAAGAUCUGUGGUUAUAUUCAGGACACAACAGACAACUUUGAUUGGAUUCGUCAAAGCAGUCUAACCCAUGAUCCGAAGCGCACUGCCAACACAGGCCCCACUAUGGAUUUCAGUGGGACACCCGAAGGGUACUACAUGUUCAUUGAAGCCUCUGCACCCCGAGUGAAGGAUGACAAAGCUAGAUUAAUCAGCCCUAUGUACAACAUGACUGCCAGAUUCUGUGUCUCCUUCUAUUAUCACAUGUAUGGGAAGCACAUUGGAUCCUUAAAUCUCCUGGUUCAUGUGAGGAAUAAGCAACCCACUCAAGCCUUGUCACUCAAAGGAGACAAAGGAAAUAUGUGGCAGCAAGUACAUGUACCCAUCAAUCCUGCAGGACCUUUCCAGAUCAUCUUUGAAGGUGUCCGUGGAACAGGUUCUGAGGGAGAUAUUGCUAUUGAUGAUGUUACUCUGAAAAAAGGUGAUUGUCCAAGAAAGCCAAUUGUCCCAAAUAAAGCAGUUGCCCUUCCAGGAAAUUCUGCUGUCACCCAACACACAUCUUUUCUCUGCUGGCCGCUACUUUUCUUUCUUUACGUGCUGCUCAGAUGAUAGCAGUGAAUGCUCCCAUUGUCUGAGACAUUCCUCCUCCUUUCCUACUUGGUCACCCUCUGCUCCUCUAUCUCCCCCUCCUCACUGGCACACCAAAGUGUCCAUAUGUUACCAAAGACUAACAUGCAUGACUACGCAAAAGGGAUCCAGCUAAGAACCUAAGGGAUUCCUGGAGGAAGUCAUACUGUCUAAAAACAAAAUAUAUAUAAAUAAAGAAGAGAGAAAAACAAACACAUGAAAGAAAGAGGGAGGAAGCAACGGAAAGAAGAAAUGGAAGCAAAGAAUGAAAGGCAAUGCUGAGGAUGAAAAUGAUGUUUAAAAGGAUCAGUGGAAUGGAGGAAGGCAUGUUCCUUUAAGAACAGAGGACAAGACUUCCUCAGGGAAGUAGGAACUUUUGUUUAAAACAAAAACAAAAUAUACUAAAGCACAAAUUUCUACCAGAACUGUUACCUUCUUGGCUGCAGAACCACAGUUUAGAAGACAUUCUAGCAUACACAGUGCCAUCCUUUGGAAUCUCUGUGUUAAGACUUCUCCCUUACCGGUUUUGCCUACAACCUGUCUACUGCAGCACCACCUCCUCAUACUUCUCCCACUCAUCUCUGGUGACCACAGAACCUUGUCCUCAUUUGCAUGUACUUCUGAGUCUUCAUAUGCGUUUUUAAGACUCUCAUGUAUUUACUCGUCCAUCUAUAAAUUUGCCUUGACCCAUCCAUCCCCAACUUCAAUUCAGCAAAGCAAAGAGAUAGACCUCUUGUGGAUUACGGAGAUGAAUGGAGAAAUCUAGGGCAAACAUAAGCUGCAGGUUCAGCUGUUGACAUCCUUCACCUACCCAUCUCUUUUCUCUUUUUUCAGGCUGCUCACUUCUCUCCUUUAGUACUUUUUUUUUUCUACCAUCCCAGAGACAGAUUGUCAAUACAGCACAGAGACUAAAAGAAAAGGCUUCUUGUUUGAGGACCAAAGUAAAGAAGCUGAGUAGUGACACUGCAGUCAGUUACUAUCAAAGCAUGAGCUUCAGAAGCCUUAAGGCAAGGAUUUCCUCCACCUUUUGCUGUUGUUGUUGUCAUUGCUGCUGCUGCUAAUUUAUCUAUUUCCUUUUAGUAAUUCAGGCCUUACAGCCCCACUUCUUCUUUUUUUUAACUACAAGGGGAGUCAUAAAGAUGCACCCUUAUAACAUCUGAAAUUGCAAUAUUUCCUUGUCGGUUGUAGUACCUAUUCUUGACAUACUAUUAAUCAAAGAUGCUGCUACCAUGGUGCUUGAUUUGCUAUUGAAGGAUUGGAUAGCUGUAUGGCAGCUGCACAAUAAGGUGAUAGACAAAUGGAAGCAGAAAAUAAAACUGUCCCUACAUAAAGGAAGCAGGAUAGGCAGGCUGUUAUAGUUUUGAAGAAAAAUAUAGAGGUAGUCCUUGUUUAGUGAUCACAAUUGGCAUCAGCACCUUGGUUGUUAAGCAAAUGAUCACUAAAUAAAUUGGCAACUGUGCUUAUAAACUGACAUCAGCUUUGCUUUACAGGCCUGUGAAGGUCAGAAAUGGGAGGAUAGAUCACAAAGGUUGUAACUGCAGACUAACUUCAUGAGGCAGUCACUAAACAAAGACUACCUAUACUUAGAUUUCAUUCAGUGCAGAAAAACAGAAGAAAAAACACCCACUGUUUCCAGGGACAUCACAUUACCACUGUGAAAGGAAUGUUUUCUCAGGAAAGCCCAACUUGCACUUGGUAGUCCUGACCCUGCAAGAUCAUUAAAGCCAACUCUAAAUCAUUAUAUAAAGAAGAACCAGUUUACCUAUUAGGGAGACAUCACUACAGCAAUGACAUACUCUGCAUACAUCUUAAUGGGUCCCUAAGACUUCCAGCAGCAUAAGUUUUUUUCUCCAUCCAGUCUUCCACACCAAGUUGCUACCAGACUCGCUGGACUAUAGUUGUCAUGAUCUUCAGCUGGUCGCCCUCUUCAAGCUGGUGUUUUCGGCUUCAUCCUUGUGCGAAUAAGGCGUGGUUGGAGCUGUCAUCUUUCUAUGAAUCUUGGUGGGGGUGUGUGGAGUGCUGGCUUUGUUGCUGUAAGUGGGUUGAUUGGCUGUGUAGUU